UUAUCUUUUCUUUAUGUUUACUACAUGCAAUUAGAGAUAGAAGUACGCCAUGCAUUACUACACUACACUACACACAAGUGUUAGAGCUGACACCAACACCCAUGCAACACUCCCUAACCUUCCUCUUGCUGAUACCCUUGACGCUCUUCAUCCUCAUCUUCUGCCGGCGCCGGCAUGCGUGGGCGCGCGAGGCAGCCUACGCGCGGCUCGCCGCGGUCAAGUCGGCUGUCGUCAAGAAGCUCCCUGGUCUCGGCCGCCAGCCGCCGGAGGUCUUCGUCACCGACCGUUUCACCGCGCACCGCCUGCUCGUGGGCGGCGCCGCCGCCGGCGGCGCGUUCUCGGACCGCCCGCCGUCCACCGUGCCCAGCGCCGUGCUCUCGCGCCGCCGGCACUACAACAUAAACUCGGCGCCGUACGGCCCGCUCUGGCGCGCGAUCCGGCGCAACCUCACCUCGGAGGUCUUCCACCCGACGCGCCUCCGUCAGCACGGGCGCGCGCGCCGCCUAGCCCUCCACGGCCUCGUCGCGGACCUCGACCGGCAGCGGCGCGCGUCCGGCUCCGCGGUGCUCGCGGCGGAGAGCCUGCGCGCGGCCAUGUUCGGCCUGCUCGCCACCAUGUGCUUCGGCGUGGGCGUCGACGAGGGCGUCGUGCGCGCGAUGGCCGACGCGCAGGACGACCUCGUCCAGUGCUUCCUCGGGCUGCGCGUCUUCGCCACGCUCCCCGCGCUCACGGGGCUCGUCUACCGGGACCGGUGGAGGAAGCUGCUCCAGCUCCGGCGGCAGCAGGAGGAGGCGUACCUCCCGCUCAUCGAGGCCCAUCGCGCCGGCCGGCAAAGGCGCAAUGGCGAGCCCCCGGCGUACGUGGACACGCUCGUGGACCUCCGCGUGCCGGCGGACGAGCACGCCGCUGCGUCAGGCAGCGGCGGCGGCAAGCGUCGGAAGCGGCAGCGCAGGCUCACUGACGGUGAGCUCGUGGGUCUCUGCUCCGAGUUCCUUGGCGCUGGCACGGAGCCCGCUGCCGCGCUGCUGCAGUGGAUCAUGGCCAACCUGGUGAAGCGGCCCGACGUGCAGCGCGCGCUCCGUCAGGAGAUCGACGCCGCCGUGGGUGUCGACGCCGACGAGGUCGGCGAGGAGGUCGUCGCAAGGCUCGAGUACCUCAACGCUGUCAUCAUGGAAGGGCUCCGGCUGCACCCCACCGUGCCCAGAGUGUUUAGAAAGGUGAUGCCCGACGACCAUGUCGUGCUGGACGGCCGGCGUCUCCCUGCCGGCACCGCGGUGCACUUUCCGCUGGCGCGGCUGGCGCGUGACCAGACCACGUGGACCGACCCGCGUGAGUUCCGGCCGGAGAGGUUCCUGGCCGGCGGCGAGGGCGAGGGCGUCAGCCUGGUGGCGGCCGCGGGCAGCGCUGGGGAGAUCAGGAUGAUGCCGUUUGGUGCCGGCCGGAGGAUGUGCCCCGGCAUGGGCGUCGCUGUGCUCCACCUCGGUUACUUCGUGGCCAAUCUGGUGAGGGAGUUCGAGUGGGCGGAGGCCGAAGGCGAGCUCGGCGUUGACCUACGGCCCCACCUCGGGUUCUUCACAGUCAUGAAGCGGCCACUGCGUGCGCACCUCACGCGGCUACGGCGGGAGGUGAGCUAGCUACAGCCUACAGCUAGGGCACCUCCACCUCCAGAGUGGUCCACAAGUUUAUACACCAUCAGUUCUAAAAUAAAAUUUGUUUUACCUUUUAAAUUGAUUCAUACAAUACAAGUUUACGAAGGUUAUAAGUGAGCUUUAUAUAUAUAUGUUUAAAUUAGAAGCACGUCGGUGUUACACAUUAAGGGUUUAUACAGAUUCAUAUCGUUUUGGAUUGCGUAACACCCUACUUCCUGUUGUGGUUGUGUAUUGGUUUAUGGAGUAUGAAGGUUAUAAGUGAGCUUUGCAAUUGCUCAGUUGUUGUCGAUGUGGACGCGUGAGAUGAUCUGUUUGUGUAGGGGGUCCCCCUCGGCCUUAUAUACACGACCAGAGAGUUAUCCCUUUACAAGUUGUAAUCACUAUCUACUUCAUUUAUCUCCUUCUUUGUCGCA